AUGGUACUCAGGCGGAUUCGCUUGAUAAAGGCGAGGAUGACUACUGCAUCCAUUAUUAAAUGUUGUUUUACUCAACUGAUUCCCUGCAGCUUUCUCAGCAUAAAACAUAUUUUAUAUCCCGGUUUAGUAGGUAUAUACAAAUACCGAGGCCACCACUACCAACUACUUGGUAGCCGUGUGGGAAAGAAGUGUGGGAAAGUGGGCUUCUUUCGCUGUGAAUACAGAUGUUUCUCCCCCCUUGAGACAGGGAAAACAUUCAAGAGCUUAUUUCAUUAUUUCCAUUUCUAUUUAGUGAUGUAUAAAGCGUAUAGCGUAGAUUUAGCGUUUGAUUAUUUCAAGUUGAAAUGA